GAACAGUCAAUUUCUCAACAAAAAAAAACAAUCAACAAAACAGCUGCGGUGGGUUUAUUUGUGAUCAACAACUCUGCAGAAUAAAGCAAACAAAAUGGUUCUGUGCAUGUACUUUCUGAAUAAUAAUUGCCGAUUUGGUUCGAGAUGCAAUAACGAGCAUAUAGACAUCGGGUCCAUGGUGAAGAAUGAAGCCGACGCGACACUGAAAGGAAAUCAAUGGCCACUUUCUUGCUUCGGUCCGUUCAAGGAGCGGAACUGCAUUCCCAACUUUAUCGAGGAUCAAAGCUUCGAGGAAAUUCGUAUGAUGUACCUGGAAGCGAAAAUGCAGAACAACAUACCAGCCCACCAGAUGCAGCUUGCGCAGAUGAUAAACGAUGCCAAGACGAAGAUGCAAUGUCUCACGGCGAUGAACAGAGACAUCUUGACCACUUUGGUGGAAAUCUAUAAUCAGCAGGAAAGCAGCACCGCGAAACCGGCCAACACUUCAUCGAACCCGUUUGCAUCGAUAGGGUCCGUCGGGGCCAACACCACAGCAUCCAAUAUUUUCGGAGCUGGCAACAGUGGCAAUACGUUCGGUUCUGGGUUUGGAGCAAGUGCCACAGGUGGUACUGCUGGCACUGUCGGUAGCAUAUUUGGUGGUGGUUCAAUUACCGGCCAAACGGCACAACCGGCCGGAAACAUCUUUGGAUCGGCUGCGUCCACGACGAACAACAUAUUCGCUAAACCUGCACAGCAAGUAGCUUCUGGCAACAUCUUCGGAAUGGCGCAACCGACAAACAGCGUCUUCGGAGGUCCUGCAGUGAUGGGUGGAGGACUGUUCGGUAGCGUUCAGCAACCGACACAACCCGCGGCACCCAUGUUCGGUGGUGGUACAGCGCCAACGAACCCGGUUGCCGGUGGAAACAUAUUUUCAAAUGCCACUAGCAACGCCUUUGCCCAACCAGCGGCACCAGCCGGUUCCGUUUUUGGCGGUGGGAGUAUAUUUGGCAACAAUGCAGCAUCCGGUGCGCCCGCAGCUGGUGGUUUUGGAACAAUUGCAUCGCAACCCCAGCAGGGCGCUGGUUUAUUUAACUCCGCUUCCUUCGGCACCAGUGCCCCAGCAAGUACAAGCUUCGGAACGUUUGGCUCCCCGAUGCAAGCAGCGCCUGCAGCUAAUGCUCCAGCGUCACAAAAUGUGUUCCUGUCCACACCUACGGCUUCGCCGUUUAGUGCAUCGAUGAGUUCUAGUGCAUUCGGUGCAGCACCUCUCGGUCCUAGCAUAUCGGCUACAAUGUACAGUAACAUGGAAGCAGUAACGCCUGAACAUUUAGCUGCCUUUAAGUCUGAACAAUUUCAACUGGGUCGUAUACCAACUGUACCGCCGCCCAAAGAGCUAUGUUAAUAAAAUUGUUGCAAAUAAAACUAAAGCAUUCUGCUGUUUCGGAUGAUUUAUGAAA